CCAUCGGCCUGUGGGAGGCGGCAGCGCGAGCUUGGCCUGAGCCCCCGGGGGAGCGUUUCCCCUCAGACCGCCUGGCACCCCCAGCUCUGGGGCUGAGCCCUUAGUGCCGGGGGAGGGGGCGGCGAGUAGCCCCUUCAGUCCCUCUGCCCCUGCGGUGGGGGCUGGGGUUCUAGACCUUGAAGUGUGAUUUAGAGAGGAGAAUGGAGGCCUGGCAAACUACCGGCAGGGAAGUGGUGCCAGGGACGGGAAGUUGCCCCCCUGGGUGCGGAGAGAGUUAAAAGUCCCUGUGCUACAGGACAGAAUUGAUUGGCAGCCCGUAAACAGACGUCUCUUACCUAGUGACAGGUUUCAGAGCGGUAGCUGUUAGUCUGUAUCAGCAAAAACAAGAGGAGUCUCUUUUAUGUUUCCUCUGUUUCACUGGAUGACUUCAGAGUAUGCUUAUACCAGUAUUCAUUGAUGUAUUUUUUAAACUCUUUUAGCGACCUCAUUGUACAAACAUACCUGCCCACCAAGACCUACAACGCUUCAAACUGAAUCUUAAAAUUGUAGAAAAUAUUUAUCAAGACCCAUUAGUAAGUGGUGAACACCUGAUCACAGAAUACCUAUGAGUUCAUCAUUACCUCUCUCAGCUUCACCCCAGAAUCCUCGCACAGACCUUGAGAGCAGCACCAUUCAGAAACAGAGGAAAGAACUCCAGCUGUUAAUAGCAGAACUGAAAGAUCGUGAUAAGGAGCUCAAUGACAUGGUUGCCGUGCAUCAGAGACAGCUACUAGCCUGGGAAGAUGAUCGACAAAAAAUACUGACUCUGGCAGAACGAUGCAGCAGGCUAGAAAAUGAACUACACAAAAGAAAUGAGAUGAUAAGAACACUAACACAGAGAUUAAAGCUCUUAGAAUCUCAGCAGAAUGAUCGUAGGACAACACUUGAAAAUACUCAACAGAAGCUUCAGGAGCUGUCUCAAAAAGCAACAGAUACAACUCUUCAUUGUCAGGCCCUGGAGGAGAAAAAUCAAAGUCUCAACUGUUCAGUGUUGGAGCUGUCUGCUAAAAUAGGCCAGUUACAAGCUAGAGAACAGGAACUCAUUACGAUGCUAAAGCUAAAGGACAAAGAUAUACUUGAAGCAACCAAUCACAUUACUGAAUUUACGUCUAAAUUUAAAAAGUUAGAAAGUGCAUUGCGUGCAGCUAAGAUGGGGGAAUCCAGUAUCAAUAAAGAAAAGCAGGAUUUCAAACUGAGACUGAAACAACUAACAUUUGAAAUGAAUAAAUUAAAAGAUGACCUCAGUGAAAAGACAAAAGAAAAUAAUGAACAGCGGGAAGAAAUCAUACGCCUCAAACAAGAAAACAACUACUUGAAGAAUGAGCUUGUACUUAAUGUUGAGAAAGCAAAUAGACAAGAUCAGCUUCUUCAAUCUGCCAAGUCUAAACAAGUCCGGACCAACACAGAACUGUCCAAUUUGCGGCAGAUCUAUGUAAAACAGCAGCAUGAUCUGCAAUUUCUUCAUUUCAACUUGGAGAGUUCUCAAGAAUUUUGGCAGAAACACAAGGGGGAGGCACACGAAACAAAGAAAUAUCUUAAUUAUAUUGACAGUGAGGAACGUGUGGAUCAGAAUUCCUUUUACUCGGACUCUCCCUGUUGUUUGACGUCCACACAGAAGAGAGAUGGGCCCCAGAAAUGUGAGAAAUUCUUCGAUGCAGACCUCCCUUCAGAGAUCAGUAACUUAUCAGUGAUUCAGUCAGCAAAUAAGUGCACCAGUCCUACUAUCAACUAUGACUCCUGUUCACCAACAAGUAAGCUCCAGCGUUUGCUGGCUGAGUCUCGACAGAUGGUUGCUGAUCUGGAGCUUAGCACGCUGCUCCACAUUAACCCUUGUUGCAGUCCCAACAGCAGCAGUAUUAAUAUGACAACAGAACUUACAGAAGCUCUUUGCAAAGCGCAGCUGCCAGCUAUGGAAGAAAGUGAGACAAAACUUUCGCUGUUUUCUUUAUGAUCUUGAAUUCCUUGCAUGUUCUCUGGAAGAAACAAACAUGACAUCCUGACUAUCUGGCAGGAACAAAGAAGAUGUUGUCCUUAUUAAUUAAAAUACAUUUUGAGAACUGAAGAUCAUUACCACAUUUCCGCUACAAUGGACAGUUACUAAACAUUUGGCUCUACCUCUCAUGAAUGUUUGAAAAUUUUGCAAGUGCCAAAAAGAUGUGACCGUAUUCUAGAAUGUAUUCUAUAUUUGUGAAUAAUAACUUAGAAUUACGCUAAGAUGAAAAACUGCUUUUUUUUAUAGAUCAGUACUCAGGUUAAAUGCUAGGGUUUUUUUUAAAAGUAACAAUAUAAAAUGCGUAAUUCUUUACUCCAUGAAGAUGAGGUUUUUUUAAAAUAUAGAACUAUUAUUAUUACUACUUCCAUAGUUGUGCAUAAAUAUUUGGUAUUUACAGUGUAUAACAGCAGAGUGUUCACUCUGUUUUAGUUCCGGACAUUUUGCCAUGUAAAUAGAUAUGAAUAAUGUUUAUAAGAAGUUGCUAAUUAGCGAAGUAACAAGGAUAUACCUCCUACAUUGCUGAAAUUGAUGAGACCCUUCACCCACAAGAUGGGCAAAAUAACUCUCCCCAGUCAUGGGCUAUUUAGUCUAACACAAGCGUCUUAAAGAUCACGAGUUGAUAUGGAUGUUUUUAGUAGUAUAUGACAUGGAUUUAAAGUGUAGUCUUUUUAAAUAUUUUAACUAUGCCUUUUGUAUCUGUGACUUAUCGGAAAAGUAGAAAUGAUCCAUUAUAGCAUUUGAAAAUAUUUUUAACAAAAAAAGGCCAUACAACCUAAUAAAUUCCAUUUUUUCACUUCUGAA